AUGUCAACAAAGAAGACCCAAAAAUGCAGAAAAGAAGAAAGGAAGACGAAAAAGAAAGAGGCUGAGGGGUGGCACGGAUUGCCUUCCGAGUCAGAGUCACCACCAUCAUCCUCAAAUCGACAUGACUCCAUCUCUGACUCCAACUCCAACUCCAACGGUCGACGGCGGUCAACCAACCCCAACCUAGACUUCGAGGCUCAACUUCUUCCAAGUUCUUCCUCUAGGCUGCCACUCACCAACUUGAGCAAGCCAUCGCCAGCUGCAUGUAUCAUGUAUGGGGCGCGCCCGGGACUGCACCUCGUAGUCAUACAGACACUUGCCCCGAUACGGAGAGGUCAGGCAAUCAAAUCAACGGGGAUUGGCUCUCACAUCUUUGACGCUUGA